UUUUCAGAAUGUAUAUGACCUGGAUGAAGACGAUGACGUUGCAGCUCCCGUUCCUAGUAAACAGAUGAAAUUCUCAGCCUCAGGCAACUUUCUCCACCACAUGGCUGGGCUGAGCAGUUCCAAGCUUUCCAUGUCCAAGGCCCUACCUCUCACCAAAGUGGUUCAGAAUGAUGCGUACACAGCUCCUGCCCUCCCCUCCUCUGUCCGAACAAAAGCCUUGACCAACAUGUCCCGGACGCUCGUGAACAAGGAGGACUCCCCCAAGGAGCUGCCGUCUGCCGAGCCUGUCCUCAGCCCUUUGGAAGGCACCAAGAUGACUGUGAAUAACCUGCACCCUCGUGUCACCGAGGAGGACAUUGUGGAGCUUUUCUGUGUAUGUGGAGCCCUGAAGCGGGCUCGGCUGGUCCAUCCUGGGGUAGCAGAGGUGGUCUUUGUGAAAAAGGACGAUGCCAUCACUGCAUAUAAGAAAUACAACAACCGGUGUCUGGACGGACAACCAAUGAAGUGCAACCUUCACAUGAAUGGGAACGUCAUCACCUCGGACCAGCCUAUCCUGCUACGGCUGAGUGACAGCCCGUCAGUGAAAAAGGAGAGUGAGCUGCCUCGCAGGGUGAAUUCUGCCACCUCAUCCAACCCUCCUGCCGAAGUGGACCCUGACACCAUCCUGAAGGCGCUAUUCAAGUCCUCAGGGGCCUCUGUGACCACACAGCCCACAGAAUUCAAAAUCAAGCUCUGAGCGGGGAGUGAAGCAGCCAGAAGUGGGGGCAGAGAAGGGUGGCUCUGUCUCCCAACGCAAAGCUUGUGACCAAUGGGCCGUUGGACUGGAGGCCCCCGGGUGGGGUAGAGAGCUUCCUCACUGGACGGGACCUGCCUCUGUGUUGUGUUCUACCCUGUGCUGUUCUGUACGUUAACAUUUCCUGUAGUGUGUUUCUUCCCCCUCCACCUCAGCACCAAGGUAGGUGUGUGGCUCCGAGUGUCUCUCCCCGUAACCUCAGCCCCACCACACUGACUCCACUCCUUGUCUGGAAACGGUGCCCUGAGUUGUCUGCGUGGCUUUCUUGUGGCUCCAUGGAAUACCAGGCAGGGGCUAUUUGAAGGACGCUGCCUCUCCUUUUUCUUUUAUAAACUUUUCAGGUGGGGAAGGGAAACCCCUGCCACCCUCAUGGGAGCCAGGUCAGCUCCAGAGCUGUGCCACCCCCCGGCUUGGUCAAUAGAGAUGGCCUAGGCGGGGUCUGGUCUCAGGCCUCUUGUUCUCUCACCACAGUUCUCUCACCACAGAGGGCCCAGUGGCAAGGGCAGGGAGAGACUGCUGCUGUGCUGGAAGAGUGCUCCCAGCUCGUGGCCUGGAGGGCCCGGGCUGUCCCGGGCAACCCAGAGGAAAUCCUGACGCACGGUUCCCUUUUCCCUUGGGCUGUGCCGGGCACUCCACCCCAGCUCGCGGCUCCUGGCUGUCAGUGUUGGGGGCUCACCUUGUUAGCCCUUCCAGUUCUAGCUAGCCCAGCACUUGUCACAGCCUGGUUGUAGUGUCAGUGCCAGCUCUCCACUAAUUCUGUGACUCUGGGUUUGGAGGACUUAAAAGGGGAGAUGUUGGCUUGCUCCUGGCCCUUCCUUGCUGGCCUCAGAUUCUACAGGAUAAUGGUCAUGGGUGCCGAGAGGCAUCUAUUCAGCUGCCACCAAGGGGCACUGUCCCCACUAUUAUAAGGGACCCGUCAUCCAUGACCAGAGGGCUAUUUUCCUGCCCUGGAAGUGGGUGGGAGCGGAGAGAGAAAGCAGCCCUUCCAGGCAAGCAGGGGUGGUUCCCUCAGCCUGGUUCGGGGAGUUGGGGCCAAACUAGAACCCGGGGCAGCCCCUGGAUCCCAAGACAGCGUUGCCUCCUGCUGGUUUGUUGGGGCAGUAAGAGGAGUCCAGGCUGACAGAGCUGGAGAGCGGUGGGGAGCAGGAUGCUGAGAGCUCUGCAGAAGCCAGGAGCAAGUGCUGUGACAGGCACGAGCCCAGAAAGGAAAGGGCCUGAGACAGGAAGAGCAUCUCAAGACCUGCUUGGUUCCAGCCCAGUGAAGAAAACCCUGGAAACGCAUGUUGCCACAGUUAUGUCUGAAGCAGGAAGGACCCGGGGUUUGAACCCAGCUGUCCUCCAGCUCUGAGGUUGCCCAAGAAUGCAGUUUCUGUCCCCCUCUUCCCCAUUGAACGGGUGCAGACUUCUCACAGUUGGAAGACAUUCCUCCUACACUUUUCCCAUUUGGGCCCAAGAGAGCACCAGGCGGCAGGACCUGGUUUCUCAGGUCCUAAGCAUGGUCUGGUCACUGCGGACUGUGCUUCGAGCAGAGACGGUAAACAUCCUGCCUGCAUGGCGUUAUCCUCCCCUCCCUGCAGCCCCAGCCAGGCUGCUCUGGGCGUCACAGUUUCCUUGAACCAGCUGCAGCAGCCUGGGCACCUGGACCCAGUCCUCAGAGAGCCGUGUGGCACGUUGAUGCUGGAGCCUGUCUGCCUCCCCUGCUCACAGGAUGUCACUGUGGGAAACAGAAGAGAAGGUGCUAGGCCAGUCCCUGAGUCCUUCCCUCCCAUUUCCCUGUAUCCCCAUGUGUCUGUUCAAAAGGAGAGGAAGAAUUAAGGGACGGAGGAGACUCUGUUACGUAUCCAUUUCUGAAUAAACAUUUGUAAUUCCUACC